AUGACAUUCCUCUUAAGAAAGCGGUCCCUCGCCUUCUCGGACGAUGAGAACGAUGCCACCCAUGCAUACCCCCCAUCGCCAUCAAAGAGACGCAGAGAAACUGCUUCCCGCCAAGGCUUGAGCCUGCAGCUGAACUUGAAGAACACAACUAUUCCACGUGGCCCCGUCUUCGUUGACCUGGAUGUCGAUACCGAGUCGGUCAAGGAGAACACUCGUCCUGAGUUGAGGUCAAGAGCCACUACCCCCACCACUCCAACAACAAUCAUCGACAGCAAUGUUGGCAACAAGAACCGUUCCUUGCUUCAGCCGUCUACACCAGCAAUGACGACACAAACAAUCACACCGCCGAUGACUCCCACCCGCAGGAGCACUCGCCAGUCCACAUCGCCUCCCUCGCGCAAAAACAUCACCUACGCGUGUGAGAACAGUGCGCCACCCCACCCCAACAGUCAACAACAGUCGAUUCCAACCACCCCCAAGAGGAAAUCCUCCGUGCUCAAGGAACAAUCCCCUUCUUUCUCAAACACCAACAACAACUCGACGGGUCUUACGCCGGCCAUGAAUCGCAUGCUAAAGCGGCCAAGAGUUUUGGCAGAACUCAACACACCCAACGCCAACGCCCCUGUUGAUAUUACUGAAACUCGGAAAACAGGGUAUGCUACCCCAAAGAGGAUGUCGCGGACAAGGUGUUCCCUGGAGCCAUUAUCGAACUCGCCCUCGUCCUCGAUCCGCAGGACUUUGAGCAGCAACAAUUUAAGCUCAGAGUCGACAGUCAGCCUGAGCGAGCCUCAGUUGCGUCGUCAUACGUCUGCCGCGACUGGUACCUCGACGACGUUGGGAUACUACCAGGACGCCAAGGCGCUCUUCCGCAGGACAACAGAGCCUCAGCGGCUUGUUGGACGUGUCGCCGAGCGGGAAACAAUCCGUCAGUUCUGCCUGAACCACAUCUUGACGCCCGAAGCUGGAUCCCUGUACAUCUCGGGCCAACCUGGUACAGGAAAGACGGCAUUGUUGAAGGAGAUAGUGCGCGAUAUGCAGCCCGCCAUGGAGAAGGCGCCUUAUGCCAUCAAGGUUUUGACGAUCAAUUGUAUGACUGUGAAGGACCCCAAGCUAGUCUACCACAAGAUGCUAGUAGAGCUCGGAUACAAGUCCGAGGUGGGUGACAAGGAGGCAGCUAUCAAUGCUCUCGAGACUUUGAUUCUAGGCGACAAGAAGAACAAGAUCAUGUAG